GAGAGGAAGCACUGCACUUCACCAGGAUGUCUGUGAAAUGCAUUUCAGUUCUGCUGCUGCUGCUACAGCUGAGCUGCUGCUUCAGCUCUGGGAGCUGUGGGAAGGUGCUGGUGUGGCCUAUGGAAUUCAGUCAUUGGAUGAAUAUGAAGAUGAUCCUAGAUGAACUUGUCCAGCGAGGCCAUGAAGUCACUGUCCUGAGAUCUUCAGCUUCUAUUGUAAUUAGUUCCAACAAUGAAUCGGGAAUUAAAUUUGAAACUUUCCAUACAUCCUACAGUAAAGAUGAAAUCGAGGGCUUUUUCAUGGAUUGGUUCUAUGCAUCGAUAUAUAAUGUGUCAUUAGAGAGUUACUGGGAAUCCUUUUCAUUAAUGAAAAUGGUUGUUUUAAAAUAUUCUGACAUUGAUGAAGACAUCUGCAAAGAAGUCGUUUUGAACAAGAAACUCAUGACAAAGCUAAAGGAAUCAAGAUUUGAUGUUGUUCUUGCAGAUCCUGUUAAUCCUGGUGGUGAGCUGCUGGCUGAGCUACUUAAAAUACCCCUCGUGUACAGUCUUCGUGGCUUUCCUGGCUACAUAUUGCAAAAGCAUGGUGGAGGACUCUUAUUGCCUCCUUCCUAUGUACCUGUUAUGAUGUCUGGUCUAAGCAGUCAAAUGACAUUCAUGGAGAGGGUGCAAAAUCUGCUAUGCAUGCUUUACUUUGACUUUUGGUUCCCAAAAUUUAAUGAGAAGCGAUGGGAUCGAUUUUACAGUGAAGUACUGGGUAGACCUGUUACAUUCUUGGAGCUAAUGGGGAAAGCUGACAUGUGGCUCAUUCGAAGCUCCUGGGACUUGGAGUUUCCUCGCCCACUUUUACCAAACUUUGAUUUCAUUGGAGGGCUCCACUGCAAACCUGCCAAACCUCUGCCUCAGGAGAUGGAAGACUUUGUGCAGAGCUCUGGAGAAGAGGGAGUGGUGGUGUUUUCCCUGGGAUCCAUGAUCAGUAACCUGACAGAAGAAAGGGCCAAUGUGAUUGCAUCAGCCCUUGCCCAGCUGCCACAGAAGGUUCUUUGGCGAUUUGAAGGCAAGAAACCAGACACGUUAGGAUCCAACACUCGGCUCUAUAAGUGGAUGCCCCAGAAUGACCUUCUUGGUCAUCCAAAAACCAAGGCUUUUAUAACUCAUGGUGGAGCCAAUGGUGUCUUCGAGGCAAUCUACCAUGGCAUUCCUAUGGUGGGCAUUCCUUUGUUUGGAGAUCAACUUGAUAACAUUGUCUACAUGAAGGCCAAGGGAGCAGCUGUUAAGUUGGACUUGAAAACAAUGUCAAGUGCAGAUUUGCUCAAUGCCUUGAAGACAGUCAUUAAUGACCCUUCCUAUAAGGAGAAUGCCAUGAGGUUAUCAAGAAUUCACCACGAUCAGCCCAUGAAGCCACUGGACCGAGCAGUCUUCUGGAUCGAGUAUGUCAUGCGCCACAAAGGAGCCAAACAUCUCCGGGUUGCAGCCCAUGACCUCACCUGGUACCAGUACCACUCUCUGGAUGUGAUUGGGUUCCUUCUGGCCUGUGUGGCAAUCACUACUUACCUUGUCAUGAAAUGUUGCCUUCUUGUUUAUCGAAAUGUUGUUGGGUCAGGAAAGAAGAAAAAGAGAGAUUAGAGCUUGUUAAUUUCUAAGGCUGUUAAUUUACCAGAGUUGAAAUCAUUCCUUUUAUAUCAGACUAUGUGUCAUUGUGUGGAAGAUGGUCCUUCUCAUUUGGUCAGACCUGUGUCUUCCUGAUUUUUCCAAAUGUUUCAUUCCUGAUUAAACAUUUAGAAACACACAACUCAAAUUGCAGAGAUCCUCAAGUAAUACUACUUUUCUCACAGCACUGAAAAAUGACUCUCUGGAACUUUAACCUGCUGGUGGUUGAGGAGUGUAGCCUGAAGUUUUCAUGAGCAUUUCCAGAAACAUCAUCUAUUGAAUUCAAUACAAUCAAGUAGAACAUUUGUAUCCAAACCAAAGAAAACCAGAGCCAGAUCCUGGUAAAGGGGGUACACAGAUUUUACCAAGAUUUCCAUGAAUCUAAGAGAGAUUCCAAGAUAAACUGACUGAACUUUAACUAACUCAAAGUGACUCUGACAUUAAAAAGGAUGGAAAGUGAGGGUUGAAUAGAAAGAGUGUGAACCACAAGUAAGAAAAAAAAAAUUGUAGAAGGAACAUUAGAGAAGAUGAAGUAGAAAACCACUAAAAGUGAUUAUCAAGAUGUGUUAGAAAAAGUCCAUUUUGCAAUUUGACAGAAUUGUGUUUUCUUCAGCAAAACUAAGCCAUGGAUGACAGAUUCACCUUUAGGGAUAUAGCACGUGACCCAGGGCAGAUGCAAGACUGAGCAACCUUGCUCAAGUCUUUUAGCACGGUGCUUAGGAAACGCUUUUGUACUACAUGGGGUUCAGAGUUCACAUUUCUCAUGAAAUACAAAAUAUGUCAUCAAGAAAAGUUCUUUUUGACUUGGAGGGCCCUAACACUUACUAACUAAAUCUGUGUAAUCUUGUAAAUUAUUUGGUUAGAAAGGUGAGAUAUAUUUUCUACACUAUGCCUUGAAAAUGCUUGAGUUACAAUUUUUGCUUUAUUCAAUAUAUACAAUGCUAGAUUUCCCUCCUCCUAUAGGAUGAUCUUCCAUUACUUAGCCCUACCUUUUCAAAUCAGAUACUUCCAACUAAUUUAAUAACCAGGAUACUGAGGAUAUGGAAACUAGAAUUUUUUUUAAUGAAGUCUCCCCUCGCAAUACAUAGAAUAUAACAUUGUGGAUGUCAUGAAAAGCUAAAUAUCAUGCACACCAAUUUUUUUUUUGACAGGCAGAGUGGACAGAGAAAGAGAGACAGAGAGAAAGGUCUUCCUUUUCCGUUGGUUCAUCCUCCAAUGGCCGCUGCUGCUGGCUCACCGCACUGUUCUUAAGCCAGUAGCCAGGUGCACCUCCUGGUCUCCCAUGCGGGUGCAGGGCCCAAGGACUUGGGCCAUCUUCUCCUGUACUCCCGGGCCACAGCAGAGAGCUGGAUAGGAAGAGGAGCGACCGGGACUAGAACCCAGUGUGCCGGCACCGCUGGCAGAGGAUUAGCCUAGUGAGCUAUGGCACUGGCCAUGCACACCAAUUUUUAAAACCUAUUUUGGAGAAAGUUGUUUAAAUGGAAAAAUAUCUGCACGUCUUGCCUUUAAACAUUGUUAACCAAAGCCUUUGGACACAGAAAUCAGAUGGCAAAGUAAACAUAAAGAACAACGAAAACAAGUAGAUGACACUUUUUAGCCUAACAAGAAAUAUUUUUAACAUUCAUAGGGGACAGAAGCCUGCAUAAGAUUUUCAAGCACUCUUCUACACUACAAAAUAAUUUUUAGCAAUAAUUGUUAAGGUAACUACUUGUGAUAAUUAUGUCCAGAGUAAUAAAUGGAUAAGUGCUUUCUUUUAUUAAAUUUUUCAUUAAUGUAUUGUUACAAGAGGGGAAACUUAUACGUGCCCAUUAUUAUGAAUAAUGAAGCUCUACAUACAUUGCCAAAGCAAAAGUCAAGGCUCUUUCUAUAUACUCAUGAAGUAACCAAUACAGAUUCAGUAAUGAUGUUGUUAAAAUCAAGAUUUUUUUUUAAAAAUCAAAUCAGAUAAACAAAAUACAUUUGAAAUGAGUGCCAGGUGCAGCUCUUCGCAUGGCUCUGGCAGUGACCGCAUUGAGUCUGGGCCAGCCAGGCGGGAGGCCAGCGCCUGGCAGCCCUCGGCAGAGUUGGUGAGGCAGUGCAGCAGGCGGGGAAAUUAGGCACAUGAGGCAAUUCAAAGAUGGCACCCAAAGGAAGUAAGCUGGGCAGAACAAAAAAUUGUUUACCACCAAAGCUAAUUGGCCACACAGCAUCAGGGGAAGUGACGACAACUGAUGACGAGUGUAUAGACAUAUGGCUAGUCCUGUAAGAAUCACCCCGUACAAUGAUCUUUUAAGUGAUUGGUUGGUCUUUAUGCCCUGUUCCAAUGACUCUGCGCUUUUGUGCUUUGAAAGGCUUUGUUAUACACACAAUAAAGAAGUUCCUCCUAGACUUGA